CCAAGCGAAUUGUCCGGGUCAUUUUCGCCAUUUUUGUGAGCCGUAAGAACGUGACAGCUCGGAAAUGAAGCUAUUUUGUGCUGUUUUGGUUAUUUACGUUGUGGCUUUGACCCUCUUUGGAGUCGACGGGCGUGGCGGGGGAACCCGAAACGGAGUAGAGGACCCCAAGUUUGGCGGGCUGUUCAGACGGGCAAGGCGCCAUGUCCCCCAAAUGAAAUCCGGUCUUUUUCAUCGCAACGAACCCCCACCACCACCGAAAUUCCGAUCUCGUCGUGAUGCCUUGGAGCAGAGCUUGGUGGCAAAUGAGGCUCCGCCACCACCUCCACAGUUCAGGCAACGCCGUCAGGCACCACCCGGCUUACCGCCCCCACCAGACGGUCUUCCACCACCACCACAGUUCCUCCUUUAAAUAUACCUGAAUGUAUAGUAAGUUGUUGGGCGUUUGUGCAUGUAAAUGGGAACCAUAUCGAAGCUAAUAAAACUAGUAAGAAGCAUUCCAAAAACUACAAAA